AUGGAGCGCUAUGACACUGUCCACAGACUAGGGUCUGGAGGCUGUGGGUCAGUGUAUCUGGUCAGACACAGAGACAAUAAGAGGUUAUAUGCCUUGAAAAAAAUUGAACUUGAUGAAAGGAAAAAGACCAGAACCAAAGAAUUUGUACAGAAAGAAGCAAAUAUCCUAUCUCAACUAAAACAUCCACAUAUAGUAGCUUACUAUGACUCGUUUUACGAGGGCGAUGAAUUUCUCUACAUUAUCCAGGACUUCUGUGAUGGAGGCACAAUGGAUGACAAAAUUACAGAUGUUGCAAAAAAAAACCAAUACUUUGAAGAAGCUGUUAUUAUGGGUUGGUUUGUCCAGCUCAUCAUGGCUGUUCAGUACAUACACUCACAGAAAAUUCUUCACAGGGACCUGAAAACAGAAAAUGUGUUCCUCACUAAAAGAAAUGUUGUAAAGAUUGGUGACUUUGGAAUAUCUAAGGUACUAGAUCACACUAUAGACCUUGCGAAAACAGUUGUGGGCACUCCAACAUACCUCAGUCCUGAAUUGUGUCAAGAUAUCCCUUACAGUUCAAAGUCAGAUGUAUGGGCUUUGGGAUGUGUUCUUUAUGAGAUGUGUGCACUGAAGCCUCCAUUUGAUGCACAGAAUCUAAUCAGCCUCUUUAUGAAAAUCAUCAAAGCAGAAUAUGAGAGAAUUCCUGAUCGUUAUUCUGAUGAUCUUCACGGGGUAGUGACAGCAUUGCUGGUGAAAACACCGGACGAUCGUCCCAGUGCCAGUGUGAUUGUAAACAUGCCUUACGUACAGCGACACCUAGCAACAUUUAUAGAGGCAAAUGAGUUGUUACGACUACAGAAAGGAGUCCGAGAAACGCACAACAGGUAGUUUUCCCACCUAAUUACUUACGAUAGUGUCUCUUCUAAAAACCCUCAGAACAGUGGAAAUGUGACUCCUGUUGUGAAGAGUAAGUUCAACAGAUCACCUAGAAAAGCUGAAGGAAGAUCACCAAAACAACAAGACAGUGGAGUGAGCUGUAAUGAUGCUGCGGAAGUCCAAUCUGACUAUUCUGAUGAUUUUGAUGAAUCUUCACACUCAGAUUUAGAAGAAGAUAUUCCAGAAGAUAUUCAAGAAGAUACGUCAAUGCCUUCUGUGGACAAGUCAGAAGUACAAUACCCUGGGUUGGUUUCAAAUAUACCAGAUGAUGUUUCAAAGUUAUCUGAAGAUGCACUGGAAGUUCAAUAUGCCGACGAUUUUGAGGAGUAUGAUUCUAGUGAGGAUUUAGACCAGAUUGUGACGCAGGCUAAAGUAGCACAAGAAGUUGCUCCUGAUGAUGAAUUCUUCUCAGAUGAUAAAAUGCUGGAUCACCAUCUCACACAUACCAGAUUCUUCAAAAAACAGUGUAUAGAUGCCUUAGGGGGUCGCAAAAUAAGCAACGUAGGAAAAUUGAUCCAGAAUGGCACCUUGACAGAGUCUGAUUUCAGAAGAGAACUUCGCCACACUGUUGGGGACUCCACAGAAAUCUGCCAUCUUGAUAUUGGAGAGCUUGAUGAAGGAUGAUUGAUGGAUUUUGUGU